AUGCUGUUAGGGCCCAACGGGUGUGGCAAGUCAACGCUGCUCAAGGUACUAGCGGGGCUGCUGCAGCCCAACAGUGGGCGGCUGAGAGUGGACGCACCUCGCUCCUUCGUAUUCCAGAACCCCGACCACCAGGUGGGUGCCACGUGGGUGCCAGGUGACUGGCAGAUGCGUGCCAGACCCUCACCCACCUCUUUUCCCCACCACCUGUCCAUCCAUACCCCUCCACUCCCAACCCCUCCCUCCACCCACUCGGCCCUUGCCGCCUGCCAGGUCAUCAUGCCAACUGUGAAUGCUGACGUGGCGUUCGGUCUAGGGCGGCUGAACCCGCCGUUGCCAGAGGAAGAGGUGCAGCGGCGCGUGGCAGAGGCCCUGGAGGCCGUUGGGAUGGCGGAGUAUGGACAGCGCCUGGUGUCGACGCUGAGUGGGGGGCAGAAGCAGCGGGUGGCGAUAGCGGGAGCCCUGGCGGAGGAUUCACACACACUUCUGCUGGACGAGCUCACCACCUUCCUUGACUCCGCUGACCAGUACGCAGUCAUCAAGGCAGUGCGCAAUGUGGUGUCAGGCAGCUCCCCAGGCAGCAGCAGCAGCAGCACAGACAGUGGCAGCAGCAGCAGCAGCAGCAGCUACAGCAGCAGCAGAAGCAGCAGCAGCAGCAGCAGCAGCAGCAGGGGGCGGGGGGGGCGGAGGGUGACAGCGCUGUGGGUGACGCAUCGGCUGGAGGAGCUACAGUUUGCAGACGGGGCGGCAUACAUGGAUGGCGGCAGGGUGGUGGUCAUGGGGUCCGUGCCUCAUGUUGUGGACUACAUCACCCGCCAGCAGCAACAGCAGCAGGCUGCCACUGCAGGGUCCUUCUGUCCUGCAACGCCUACCAGAGGCAUUGGCAGGUUCAGAACCCCUCGGACCGUCUUCUCGCCUGCAGCGUACUCUCCUGUCAAGUCUGCUGCUUGCAACGGCAACGGUGAGACAUUCUGCAGCAACGUGCUUCUGAAGAGCGUGAGGCCGCUGCUGGAGAAACUGGCUUCCCGCGUCGCUGACGGGCAGCACCAGCCCGCCAAGGUGCACGUUGUAGCUGACGCGCCUGAUGUGAAGCGGCCUGGAAUCGGCCGCUUCGGAGGCAAGCCUGCUGCUGCCGUGGUUGCACGUGUGGUCGUCCCUGCUGCUCCCUCACCAUCUGCUGCUGCUGCUGCAGUCGCACCGUCUGCUGUGGUUGCGCUUGUGCUGGUGCCUGAGGUAGCGCCUGUGGCUCCAGUGGCUUCAACCACACCAAAGGUGCCUGAAGCGAGCGUGACAACAGAAACAAUAUCCGAGGAGGCAUGUGCACUUGCUGCAGAUUCGAGUGAGAAAGCGAGGUGGUUGAAGCUGCGUGACGAGGUUCAAGCUAUGAAUAUUGCGCUGACACGUGCUGCUUACCUGAGGUGGGACAAGCGGAGCAAGGAGCCAUCAUGGGCCAUGGAGAUUGAAGCGGCCAUUGAAGCCGCCCUGCGUCCCUGCUUCUUGCCCAAGCAUCCUAAUGCUGUGGCGAAUCUGACUCGCAAAACCGUGCCUCCUGCGUCUGCAGCAGCAGCGGCUGGCAAGAAUGGGUGCAGCAGCAAGGUGGUGAGCAUGGGUGUGAAGGGUGGUAAGGCCAACAACAAUGAUGCAAGCCCUGCCCCAUGUGGUGCAGCAGUUGCUGGGUCACGUGGUGUUGCAUCAUCAGUGAGAGCAGCUGGCAAGGCCAGCAGCAGGCAGGCGAGUGGGGUGAAGAGGAGAUAG